AUGCCCCGAGGCGGCGCCCUCCUGCUCGCCUCCCUGCUCCUCGCCGCCCUGCCGGCCGCCCGCGGGUCCCCGGUGAAGGAGAAGAGGGGCUGGACCCUGAACAGCGCUGGCUACCUUCUGGGUCCACAUGCCAUCGACAGCCACAGGUCAUUCAGUGACAAGCACGGCGGCCUUGCUGGCAAGCGGGACCUGCGGCCGGAGGACGGCGCGGGGGCAGGCGACUUUGAGCGGCUGCUGCCAGUGGGCGGUGAUGAUGUGCGCAAGAUAAUGGAGUUUCUGACGUUCCUGCAUCUCAGAGAGGCCGGGGCCCUGGUGCCCAUGCUCCCCUCGGCCACGUCCUGGGAAGACAUGGAGCAGCCAGCCCGGAGGGAGCCGGGCCGGGCCCUCCCGCCCCAGGAAGCCAGGCUCUGA